AAUAUUUCAAGUGACAUGCGAGAAACUGAUUGGCUGUCGCCUUACUGCACUGCACUUUACUGCGCCUUAGUCCAGCAAGUGUUCCUGUGUUAUGUCAUUGCGUGUCAAUUAACAAUUUUUUCCGGUGCUAAAAUGAACUUGCCAUAUGCGGUUGUACAAUUUCCUAAAGAAGGGACAUACUCCGAAAUUCCAACCUCAUGGCUUACAAAUAAUUUCACUCAAUGUAGAUGGCCAAUAACUAAGAAUCCUACUAUUUUUAUUAAAAAAAGCAGUCCACCAGAGGCUGACUGGUUACUUUAUGAUAUCAAAGUAGAAUGUUAUUGUGAAACUUUUGAAAAGGCACAAAAACAAGCAGAAGAUGCUAAUUAUGCAACUUGUGAAAUCAGAGAGUGUGGAAAAAGAAUCAUACAUGAAAAACAAAUUGAUAAUACAUAUACUUGCAAUGACAAUGUGGAUGAUGAUUGUGAUUCAUCUUUACAAUUAUGUAAAGUUCCACAGAAAAAGUUAAAAACAGAUACAAGUCAGGAUUCAUUCGGAAAACAAUCUUUCUGUGACAAACAAUUGUACAAAAAUCAAUCUUCAUGUGAAAAAGUUUCACAAAUUGCUGCUGAAAAAAGCUUUUCUACAUCAAACCAUUCGUUAUGUAAUAAAUCACAAACAUGGAUUGUUAAUCCAUUACAAGCAAGCAAUAUUGUUGAUUUUGAUGAAUCAGUGGCACUUGAAUCUGAAAUUAAAGUACAAAAUCUCGAUUUUAUUUCAACUACUUCUCCAUUAGCUAUCAUUGGUAAGAAUAUUGAAAAGCUGAUUCCAAUUUGUAUGGAGACGUUGAAAUAUGUAAAGAGCAUCGACCAAAGAUUGAAAGUUUUGGAAAGGAACAUUAAUAUGGUAGAGCCUAAUAUAGUAGAGCCUAAAGAUAUGUUUGAAGAAUCACACUUAAAACUUCCAAUCAAUUCCAUAGAGAAUCUUAAAAGAUUUGAGGAAGACUUGGAAAAUGCUGAAACAAAAGCGAAUUUUAUCGAAUUCAUGAAAAAAAUUGGAGGAAAAGACAAUAAAAAUAUGAUUCAACGGUGUAUGAACCGUUUAUUUACAAAUGAAUUCGGCAUAGCUUGUUCUUGGCACGGUCGCCGGAAUAAUUAUCGUAUAUGCGAUUUGAAAUGCAUCAACAUUCUAAAAAAUAUGUUAAGAGCCAAGGGUGUUGACGAAUGUGAUUUCGAAACUAAAGCAAGUGACUGGUUUCGCCAUAGCAAGAUGCGAUAUGAACGGGAAAAUAAAAAGAGUUGUAUGUCUGUAGAGGAAGGUCUAUCUCCUGCUCCAUCUUCAUCUGCUUCAGAGGCAGAUCCUCUAUACAUCCCAUCAUCUUCAGUACAGUAUACUUCGGAACAUAAUGUUGAAGAGUCAACUGAGAAUGACAAAGCUUCAUUCAUAUGGUCUUCAAAGAAUGUAUACUUACUCUUAGCAAAAUAUGAGGAACGAAUGAACGAGUUCGCUUCAGGUGCAAAAUCUCAUUCUAAAAUUUGGGAAUACAUAGCUAGUGACAUGAAUAAAGUUGAUCCAGAAAUUACAGUGUCGGGCACACAAUGUCAGUUGAAAAUGAACAACAUGAAAGAGAUAUAUAAAAAAAUUAUAGAUCUCAAUAGUAUAUCUGGAAAUGAUCAAAAGUCAUGGCAAUAUUUUGAGAGAAUGUAUGAAUUAUUUGGAAAAUCAGAAUGGGCAAAUCCAAAAGCAACAACAUCAGAGGUUGGGCCUUCAUCCAGUGCAAAUUUAACAAAUGAGAAUAGAAACAUCAAGGAAGUACCUGUCACUGAAAAAUCAGAAUCAGAAAAACUUUUAAAUGAAUUUGUGAAACAAAUGAAGCAAGAUAUGCAGGAGAGAGAAAAAAUAAAAGAGGAAAGAAAAUUAAUUGUAUUGCAAGAACUAAAAGAGCAAAAAGAAAAGCUGCAUAAAGAGAAAAUAGACAUAAUGAAAAAAUUCUGCGAAGCCAUCGCAGGCAAAAAAUUAUUUGAUUAACACUCUUAUAUAAGAGAUGUUGCGUUGUUUUAUUUUAUUGUUUGAUAUUUGUUUAUUAAUUUUUAUUGAUAUUUGCGCGCGCGCUUAGUUUAUACUAUUGUAGAGACAUUAACUUGUUUUAGGUUCUUAUAUUAUGUAAUAUUUAUGUAAUAUUUUAUUGCAUUCAAUAUUUUUUUUUUAAUGUUUGAAAUUUUUAAUUAUUUUUUGUAUCUUAUUGUGGUUUAUUAUGAAUUUAUGAAUCUAUUUUUAUUUAUGAUAUAUAAUAAUUUUAUUUCCAUUCUGUAUCUUACAUAAUGUAAUGAUCAUUGUAAUGUUUAAAUUUAAAAGUUUAUGUACUUAUGUGCUUCCAUACGUAUAAGAAAUAUAUACUAUUGUGAAACAUAUAGAAAGAAAGCUGAAGUGCUGAAACUUAAUACAUAGAGUAUUUAUAAUAUAUAUUUAUGUAUUUUAUAGUUUAUGAAGACUAUAAAUUAAUAGUUAUUUAUAUUAAAAAAAAAAUAUUUUGCAUUAUAUACUAAAUGUCCUUAUAAAAACUAUUCAUUAUUCUAUUGGUUUUUAUUGCCAUUAUUUACUCUAUCCAGUAUAAAUGAUUCUACUUCCUAGUAAAACACGAACUUAACAGACGUAUAAUAGAAAUGUAAAAUUAUUAUAUUUAUGUAUGUUAUGUAACAUAGUUAUAUUUGUGUUUGUUAAAUAUCAAUUUUUCAAUGCACUUUAUUCUAAAAAAGAAGUUCAUAUUACACAAAAAAGUAACGAAAAAAA